CAUUAAAACAGUUCAACACAAACAGAAAUUCAUUCCCUUUUCUCUUUCCAAAAAAACAAACAAUUAAUAAUAAAGAAAAAAAGUUAUACACAUCACUCACACAAUUCACUGAAUUUUUGUUCUCAAGAUUUUUCACCAUCCACACAUCAAUGGAAUCCUCUUUCUAUAUCUCAUCAAUGGCCCAGUUGGACCAAACCAAAAAUUCUUCUCUCCAACAAAUUCCUAAUUCAAUCAGAGAAAAACUGCCUAAAUUUCUCUUCUUUCUCUCUCUCUCAACUUCCCUGAAUCACCCUCCGAUUUGGGUUUUUUCUCCCUUCCCUUCUUAGUUCUCUUCUAGGUUAAGAUUUAACCAAAACCCUUCAUUCUUUUCGCCCCCCCUUUUUUUUUCCUUUUCCGCCAUUGUUUCUCCUUCUUCUCCUCAUUCUCUUUUCUGGGUCAUCUCUUUUUUCGACCAUCGUUUCGAUUUUUCUCUUUUAAUCGAAUGAAGAAAGCUCGAAAAGGGGUGGCUGCGAAUUCAAUGGCGUGUGCUCUGUUUGAGAGUUCGAUGGUUGGGAUCAAACAUCAAAGUCUCUUGCAGGAUUACGAGGAGUUGCAUAACAGAUAAUGAGGGUAUAGCUUGUGAAAAUAUUUUACGUAGAACUUGACCAGUUGAAGCAUUUUCAUCUCAGGAAACAGAAGCCAUGAAGAAAAAACUACUGAUUGCGAAGCGGAAAAAGGAAACCCUUUUGGAUGAAGUUCGAUUCCUGAGGCAUAGAUAUGAAUUGUUGAAGAAGCAGCCUGCAAACAUCCAGCCAAAGGUUGGUUUCAAGCGGCCACGGAACCUUGAACUCAAACCUCCCACCGUUAAGAAAGAAAAGAGUUCACGGAAAAGAGAAGCUUCUUUGAAGCCGCUUGCUCAAGCUCAUGACGUAAACCAAAGGGGAGGAAUCUACAAUGGGGUUGAAGCCUCUUCUCGAAAAUCUCAGUCGUUUUUCGACCUAAACCAGAAGUCAAAUACGUGCAGCAAGAAGGAAGUCAUUGUGAACAGUUCUUUUCCUACUUUUGACCAGAAAGAGAGAGUAUACAGAGCACAUGAAGCUGCUGCCAACAGGAACAUGACCCCGGUUUUCGACCUUAACCAGAUUUCGAGGGAGGAAGAAGAACUGCAAGCUGGUUUCAAACCAGUGAGACUGGAGGACGAGCCGAAGAAUAUCUUCCCAAGAAGCGAACACGAUGCAAAGAACAGCGAGUUGGUGUUAUCAUCAAUGUGUAGGAAUGAUGAUAAUGGAUCAAACAGAGCAGGAAAAAGGAAGAUCUCAUGGCAAGAUCAAGUGGCUUUAAGAGCAUGAAGUCCUCUCUAAUUGAAAAAAUCAUUGAGGAUCCUUCAUUUGCAUAGUCUGCAUAGGUGCAAAAACUCUGAUUCCUUGAAAUCCCAUUAUUUUUAUUUUUUUCAUAAUUCAAGCGAGAAAAUGGUGACCAUUCAUGUUGAAUGACUUUCUAAGUGCUUAAAAAUGUUUGACAAGAAAUUUUUAAGUACUUAGAAAGUCAUUACAAAUAGUUCAUACCUAAAGUCGUAGUUAGUGGUAGGUAAUUAUUGUGAUGGGAAUUAAUGAAAGAAUGUCUGAAAUUUCGAUUUCUUCAUCUCAGGACUAUGGUUGCGAAUUGUUUAAAAAGCGGCAUAGGAAUAAAAUUGUGUACAAUAUUUGUUCUAACUUUUAUCAUCAAUACUACUUUCUAACAACUUCACGUUA